CUCCAUUUUUUCAUUUCUCUUUUCGUUUUCUCUCUCUCUCUCUCUCUCACACACACACACACACACGGGCGCGCGCGCGAGGAUACCCUCUGCAAGCGAGCGGAGCGGUGCCUCCAGCUGCACUCAAAAGUCUCUUCUGGCCAGCUUUAAAUCUCGCAUGGAGGAGUUUUGCCGCCCAGAGGAGGUUUUUCAAUCAAUGCUGCCAGCGGCGCCACUCAGCUGGCAGAGUAAAGAAGCUGAGGGCACUGGGAAAAUGGGUCUGGCCCCGCCAAACCUUGCACGCCCACCCCGGUGAUCAGGCUUGAUGAAAGCCGGAGAGCCCUUGCCAAAGACGCUGGCCCGUCAGCUGGUCAACCUGCCCGCUCCGUGCACCUUCGUUGCACUUUGGCGCGUGCCCUCCCAGCCCUGCAACAGCCUACCAGGGGAUCGCGUGAGAAGGAUGAGGAGGAGGGUUGUCUUCGGGAAAACCGUCACUGCGGCUCGUGCUCGCUCCUCAGCUGCGAGCCUGUCCCCUUUCUGUCGUAUCCUCCUCCCGGAUCCCAUUCCCACUCAACCAGCCCUCGUGUUAGCGAGGUUGGCAUUAGCCACGGCCGGGUUGGGCCAGUGGCUCAGGGCGGAGACCAGGUCGCGUGACCAGGUUGGCAAGGAGCGGGGUCAAAGAGCGACAUGCGGCUCUGAAGCCACGGUUGCCGAUACCCCCGAGACUCAAGGUUCACAUAGCAACGGAAGAGCGGAAGUUUCAACAAAAUAUAUUCAAAACCAAGGCGGGCGCUGAAAGUAUUGUGAAACCGUUGCCUCCCAAGCAGCGGCGAGUCCUCCCGAACGACACCGCGGCCCAACCGCUCCUCCUGACAGGGAGCCCCCUCCCCACGGAGCCAUCGUUUCGUGCCGCGUGUCUCUUGGAAAGGCUUCGCGGAAUCUGCGAAAGGACAUCUCUGCUGCGGAUAACCCGUAGACUGUUCCCAAAGUAAUGGAGCGGCUGACAUUUCAGCCCGGGGCUGCCGCGGCCAUAGACGACUACUUGGAAUAUAAGAGAAUUGUAGGAGAAGAUGAUGGUGGGAAACUAUUUACCCCAGAUGAAUAUGAACAAUAUAAGAAACGAGUAUUACCAAUUCGGCUGCAAAAUAGAUUAUAUGUGAGCUGGAGAUCACCAACUGGCAUUGACUGUAAACUUGUGGGUCCAGAAACACCCUGCUUUUGUUCUCACAGAUAUAAACAACACAAAACAGAUUUUGAAGUGAUUCCAAAAGAACGUCCUAUUUCUGUACCUUGUAGAGUGAGCCGGUGCACAUGCAAAUCUUAUAACUUUGUUCCUCUUAAUGGUACUCAGCCCAUCCGCUGUAGAUGUAAGCACUUUGCAGAUCAGCAUAGUCCAGCAACUGGAUUUCUAUGCAAUGUGUGUUCCAAAUGUUCAGGGUUUCACAGUUGCUUUACUUGUGGAUGUGGCCAGCCAGCAUAUUCUCAUGAAACUGUAGUGGAAACAAAAGAGGAACGUUUAGCCCAAGGAAAGCCAGUUGGGCACGAUGUCCCUUAUGCUGCAAUGGGGGGACUAACAGGUUUUAGUUCCUUAGCAGAAGGCUACAUGAGACUUGAUGAUAGUGGAAUAGGAGCACCUUCUGCUCAAUUCUUAGAAGCUCCUGUAACCAAUAUGGAUAAUCCAUUUUUAAAAGCAUUCCAAGGUCCAUCCAGUUCCAUGCAGGCCUACUCCCAAUUAACAGAUGGAAGUACAAGUACAACAAUGCAAGUUUCCAGUUUAAGGAGAUCUGAAGAAGAUGAUAUGGCUUAUUUUGAAAGACAAUAUCAGGCACGGUUGAAACAAGAGAAGGUGAGGGAUCAGAAAGGCAAAAGUUAUAUGUCAACAAAGACCCAACAUCAUCAAUAAUGUAUUUGGGUUUCACUGUAAUUUAUGAGCAUUUCUGUCCCAAUUCUGCCUAUCUUUCUUCAGUGACUAUAGUACAAUAUAUUUAUUUUUCUAUGCCAAUUUUGUUGCAUAUAAAAUGAUAAUGUGCUUCUUUUCAGGCAUUGAAGCAAAAUAAUGCUAUCCAUUUAAUUCUGCAUACUUGAAAAUCAGUAAUGGAAAAAAUUCAGGUUUCGUAGCAGAAAACCAUUGAGAAUUACUUCUUCAGAAGUGUUUAUUAUUGUUAAAGAUUUACAUUUUAUGAAAAGUGGUUUUGUUUUCUGUAUUUCAAGAUUUGAAAAUGUUGAUAAUAAAGAAAAACAAAUAAUCAUUA